GGCUGCAGCCUUGAUAGGACGCGUCCUUGCUAGUCGCGUCCUAUGGAGAUGAGACUAGAGUGCUAGCUCGAGUGCUUCCUAGCGUUUGUAACGUCGGACUUUGGGAACGACUUGCUAGUGUGGAUGCGCUUCCGCUUCCGCUUUUUAAUACUGCGUUUCCGCUUGUAAACACCUGUUCACUUCUGAAAAAAACAUGGAAGCAAUGAAGCUGGUCAAUAUUUUUUUGCUGUGGUCUGAGCUGGAGGAGGACUCCGAAAGACUCCAUCGACGGAGGGUUGAACGGAGGAGACGACGUCUCUAUUGUCGGAGUCUCUACCAUCAGAAUGUCGAGGCCAGGCAUUACUGCCAAAUCAAUGCCACUGUGCCGGUGCUGCAGCGCUUCUUCCAGGGAGAGGACACCCGCCCUGAUUUCAGGCUUAGCCGGCAGGCUAUCCGGGUCCUCCUUGGGGUCCUCCAAACGGAGCGACAGCACAGUUGGCGGCCCACCAUGGAGACCCUGGUCUUUUUGUUUUGGAUUGCUACUGGCGCAGCCUAUCGGGUUGUGUCCAGAGCUUUUGGCAUUCCAUUGUCAUCUGUCCAAAGAAUGGUGCAUAGCAUUGCGGAGGAGGUGGUAGCUGUCCGGGGCAGUUUUAUCAAGCUGCCAUCAAAUGAUGAGGAGGUCAAGGCCAUGGGGGAAGGGUUUGCCCUGCUGGCAGGGCACCCUGCUUUCGCCAAAGCAGCUGGGGCCAUCGACGGGUCCCACAUCCAAAUUAAAUGUCCUGGUGGCCCUGAUGGUCAAGACUACGUGAACAGGAAGUUGUAUCCAUCCAUGGUGCUGCAGGCAGUCUGUGACCAUCAGGGUCGCUUCAUUGACACCUUUGUGGGCUUCCCAGGAAGCGUGCAUGAUGCACGCAUCCUGCGAAAUAGUUUGAUUUACCUGGCUGGCAAUUACCCUCCACCAGGCUAUUUCAUCUUGGGUGAUGGUGGCUAUCCAUGCCUUACACAGCCGAUGGCCCUUAUCACACCAUAUAAGCGGCCACUCAGAGGCAUGGCAGAGCAACGGUUUAACAGUCAUCACUCUCGGGCCCGCUCAAUUGUUGAGCGUGCCUUUGGGAUGAUGAAAACCCGCUUCAGGUGCAUCUUUUUAGAGGCACUUGAAGUACAUAGUGAGUUUGUGCCGAAGGUGGUGACUGCGUGUGCAGUACUGCACAACAUUUGUGUUGGUGUGGGCGAUGAGCUCCCAGUGGAGGAUGGGGCCAUGGAGGGAGAUGACCCUCCUCUUGAAGAAGAAUGUGGCACGGAGCCACAGAGUGGAGCUCCUUGGCGUGCGGCCCUGGCCAAUGCCAUUACCCCCCUUGAAGUGGCUCCACAGGACCACGACUACUUUGUUCUGCCUGUGACCGGACCAAGACAUACAUUUUAACAUAAUUUUUUUUGGUAUUUUUUAAUCACUUUUGUCCGUUAUGAAUGUGUUUUUUGUUGUGGUUGAUCAAAUCGUCUUUAUUAAAAAUAAAUCCAUUCCUUUUUUGUCCAACUAAGUGAAAUUGUCUGAGAACUUAAUUUAUGCAUCACAUUUACAGUAUGGUUGAUUAUUAAUUAUGCAGGG